GCCAGGAGCAGUGACUGAGCCGCCGGAGCUGGGGAGAGACGCGCCGGGGCGGUGGACUGGGCCAGGAGACCAGUGACCGAGGGACGCGCGCUCGGGGAGAGCCAGCAAGGAGCUGCGGCCCGGGCGGCGACAGCGGCGGUCAGCGCGGAGCUGUUCCAGCCGCCGGCCUACUGUAGCCGCUACAUCAGGACAUUUUUAAAAAGCUCUCCAAGCUGCCCCCCUCUUGCCCGACUCCUCCCGCUACAAAAGAAAAAAAAAGGAAGGAGGCUAGAAAGAAAACCCAGGUUUUCCACUACAACGAAAAAAGAGGAGCAAAAGGAAAAGGCAAGAAAGUCGAGCGACUGUGCGUUAACCUAGGCAGCGGAGCGUGGGCCGAGCGAUGCGGGGCUGCGCGCCCAGCCAGCCGCGAGUUAUGACUGGAGCCACGAUGCACGGCCAGGCGCGGUGAGGAGCCAGCCUGCAUUGCCUCCCCGAAGGAGCCCAGGCGCAGGGAGGGCCGCCCUGAGGACACGGAGGCCGCCAGGCAGGCCACCGGCCGAGGUUUUGGCUUACAGGGCCGAGUGUGUCUCCUCUUUUUGGAGGUGCUGGGGCUGGGGAGCUCCUGCCGGUCAUCUUCAGGAGUCGUCUUCUCGGCUCAACUUUGCCCCUCCUUCCCCCUCUCCGGGCCUCACCAGACCAGACCAAACCAAAGACCAUGGUGCACUGUGCCGGCUGCAAAAGGCCCAUCCUGGACCGCUUUCUCUUGAACGUGCUGGACAGGGCCUGGCACGUCAAGUGCGUCCAGUGUUGUGAAUGUAAAUGCAACCUGACGGAGAAGUGCUUCUCCCGGGAAGGCAAACUCUACUGCAAGAACGACUUCUUCCGGUGUUUCGGUACCAAAUGCGCAGGCUGUGCCCAGGGCAUCUCUCCCAGCGACCUGGUGAGGAGAGCGCGAAGCAAAGUAUUUCACCUGAACUGCUUCACCUGUAUGAUGUGUAACAAGCAACUCUCCACGGGCGAGGAGCUCUACAUCAUCGACGAGAACAAGUUCGUCUGCAAAGAGGAUUACCUAAGUAACAGCAGUGUCGCCAAAGAGAAUAGCCUCCACUCGGCCACCACGGGAAGUGACCCCAGUUUGUCUCCGGAUUCCCAAGACCCGUCACAGGACGACGCCAAGGACUCGGAGAGCGCCAACGUGUCGGACAAGGAAGGGGGCAGUAACGAGAAUGACGACCAGAACUUGGGUGCCAAGCGGCGAGGACCGCGCACCACCAUCAAAGCCAAGCAGCUGGAGACGCUGAAGGCCGCCUUCGCUGCUACGCCCAAGCCCACGCGCCAUAUCCGGGAGCAGCUGGCGCAGGAGACCGGCCUCAACAUGCGAGUCAUUCAGGUCUGGUUCCAGAACCGGCGCUCCAAGGAACGGAGGAUGAAGCAGUUGAGCGCGCUGGGCGCCCGGCGCCACGCCUUCUUCCGCAGUCCGCGCCGGAUGCGGCCGCUGGUCGACCGCCUGGAGCCGGGAGAGCUCAUCCCUAACGGCCCCUUCUCCUUCUACGGAGAUUACCAGAGCGAGUACUACGGCCCCGGGGGCAAUUACGACUUCUUCCCGCAAGGACCUCCGUCCUCCCAGGCCCAGACGCCAGUGGACAUACCCUUCGUGCCAUCGUCCGGGCCGUCCGGGACGCCCCUCGGGGGCCUGGAGCACCCGCUGCCGGGCCACCACCCUUCGAGCGAGGCGCAGCGGUUCACCGACAUCCUGGCGCAUCCCCCCGUGGACUCUCCCAGUCCCGAGCCCAGCCUACCCGGGCCGCUGCACUCCAUGUCAGCUGAGGUCUUCGGGCCCAGCGCGCCCUUCUCGUCACUGUCCGUCAAUGGCGGGACGAGCUACGGGAAUCACCUGUCCCAUCCCCCCGAAAUGAGCGAAGCGGCGGUGUGGUAGCGGGGUCUCACUGAGUGCGCGGAGUUCGUGGUUGUACAGAAAUGAACCUUUAUUUAAGAAAAAUAGAAAAAAGAAAAAAAAGCAAGCCCCUCCCCCCUUACUCCAGCCUUGGGAACCUUUCUCCGUCUGGGGAGACCGGAUGGGAAAGGGGGACACAAAAUGGGAUCCAGAUCCAAAUCCGCCUCGAGGUGGGACUGGAAUCCGCGCGCUGGCUGGCAAGGUGCAGAACUGGGGCUCCCCAAGGGAAACACAGACCUCUCCCCACCUCGCACCUGGACCCGGAACGGUGGACAGACCACGCGGGCCUAUCCGCCUGGUGUCAGCUAAAAGACGACUCUGGUAGCCGCAGGCCGCUCACAGCCCGUGGUGGUGCCUGGAGCCCUGGGGAGGAAGGCAGUGAGUGCAGCCGGAUGAGGGCGGUGAAGCGGCCUGGGGCGUUCCAGGGCCAAGCGGGAACCCCUAGCCCUGGGGCCCCCCUUACUAGUGUUGUCUCAGAGCUCAGUAACUGGGAGAACAAACUUAUAGCUUCAGAAACGCCGACCUGCUGUGCCAUCAGGUGGGACUAUAUAUAUAUAUUUUUUGUCUAUCUGGGUUUUUGAUUUUUGGUUUUGCCAAAAUUGCAAAAUUCUAAAUGUAAAGCCCUCAGUAUCAACUCUUCUACCUUCACAAAACUGUACACACACAUAUACACACGGACAUUCUCAAUAAAAAUGACUUGAACAUCAGCUGUACAAAGAAAAGUAUUCUACUUUCACACACAGAAAGUUAAAGAAAAAGACUAUUGAACUAAAAACAGUCAACUGUUUACGUAUAAUGUUAAAUUCAGGAGUUCGGUUCAGUUUACUAAUAUAUCCUGUUUUGAAACCUCUUGUUCAAAAACAAAAACGUUUUGAGCAAUCAACCAAAAUCGUUCCUUUUCUUUUCCUAUAGAUGUUCUGACAGAUUUGCAGGCUCACUGUGCUAGUAUGUAAAAAGAUGUUGUUUACAUGAGGCAAAGAGAAAACAUGAUAUUCAGACAGUUGCCAAAUAGAAUAAUUAUAGCACAAAUACUGUAAAGGUGCCUGGCACCAGCAACCUGAGAAAGUGUUAAAAAAAAAAAAAAGUGUUACAAGGUUUAAAAAAAAACCAUCUUUGCUAAUUUUUAGUCCUGUUGAACAGUCAUGAAAUUGUUAAUAUGACUUAUAUAGACCCACACAGGUUUUAUUUUUGUGUCUUUAAAAUAAAAGUCCGAAAUAUUUAAAUUUUAUGGUCAAAUAUGCAGUCAACAGCUGCUACUUUUUUCUUUAUAUAUUAAAUUUCUCAUAUGUCUUUUAUUGUUCUAAUAAACCUAAGCUUGUGUGACCUCCAGUGCAUAUUAGACCAUUCACUGUAUGAAAGAAAACAUGUUGAAUAAAUUUGUGAGUUUUUAAUAAAAAUAGAAAAAUCUGAUGUUUA